AGUAAUAGGUGGUUAGAUCAACAAAUUACUAAGAAAAGGGACCGGAGUGAAUUUUUACAAAUUGAAGAGGUGGAUAUGUAAAUCACAAAAAAAGUCAAUAGGUUGCCGUAUUAAACUCAACUUUCCGACGAUCGCCGGAACUGGAAAAAGCUCCUCUCUCCGGGAAUGGCAGGAAUGGCUAUGUUUGCCUCUAAUCUCUCCAGCGAGAGUUCUGAAGAAAUGUCGAAAAAGACGGUGAUCUUUUAGAUCUUCUUGCCAAUUAUGGUUACUUGACAAGUUGGUAAAAUUUAUGGGGUUAAAAUUGCUUCUUAGCCCGCUUAAUACUAAUGUUAUUGUCCGCACUGCAUGCUGUUCUGUAGGGAUUGUUUUGCCUGUUUAUUCUACUUUUAAAGCAAUUGAGACGGGGAAUCGAAAUGAGCAACAUAAAUGGCUUCUGUACUGGGCAGCAUAUGGAUCUUUCAGUAUUGUUGAAGCAUUCACGGAUAAAUUUCUCUACUGGUUCCCACUAUACUAUCAUGUGAAGCUCGCAUUUCUUGUUUGGCUUCAACUUCCAUCUGCUGAGGGUGCAAAGCAAUUGUACACGAACCAUCUGCGCCCUUUCCUCAUGAAACACCAAGCAAGACUGGAUCAUAUUUUGGAGUUAUUUCAUGGAGAAUUGGGUAAAUUUAUUAGUACUCACCAAGCAGAAAUUCAGUUUGCAAAGGUGCUUCUUGGCAAAACCUUACUAUCAGUUGGAAAUAUUCUUCAACAACCUGCGCAAGGACGAGUUGUUGGCACAAUUGAAGGGCCAGCAGAGCAAGUAGAGACUUCAGAAUCUGAAGAUGAAUCGUGAUGCGCUCUUCAAAAUCAGCUAAUAAGUACCGUCUCUCUAUUGUACUUCAUAUCAACUUAGUUUAGCUUUCGUUCAAGAUAGGAGUGAUCAGUGUAUACAUAAUUUUCUAAGGAGUCAAUUUUGUUGUGGUUUGAGAGUUUCCUUCUCCGUUUUCCUGUAAAUAUAUCAACAGAAACUGCUGAUUUCCUUCAAUCUCGUAGGGCAUUAUAAGAUUUCACAUUGUUUUUAACCAUUUUAGCAGACUUUGUGCAGUUAUUGCUUUGUAUGCAUUGUGAAAUAGUACUUAUUUACUGGGAGUGAAGUUGUACUGACUAUCCUAAUUAUUCAGACACUAUUUGAAGCAUAACCGUGGAAAUUGAA